UUGAAAGACAUCCGAUCAGCUGCAAACACACACACACACACACACACAGAGGCAGAAGGAGGGAGGGAAAGAGAGCGAGCGAGCGCCACACACAUACACACACACUACGAGGGAACCCCAUCAGCUGGAAGAAUAGAGUAACCUUACAACUCAACACUCAUCUCACGCGCUCAUGCCCAAAAUCAGCAGGACGCGCGCGCCUCCGCUCCGUACAUGAGAACGAGACCCAAAGUAACGCGUCUGUUUCUGAAUCAACAACAAAAGUAGAAGAAGAAAAGAAGCCACAGAGGAGAGCCAGAGCUGGAGAGAAGAGGGGAAGCAUGGAGUAUUUCAUGGUACCAGCUCAGAAGGUGCCCUCCUUGCAACAUUUCAGGAAAACCGAGAAAGAAGUCAUAGGGGGCUUGUGCAGCUUAGCAAACAUUCCCCUCACGCCAGAGACGGCGCGGGACCAGGAGCGGCGCAUUCGGAGGGAAAUCGCCAACAGUAACGAGCGCCGUCGCAUGCAGAGCAUCAACGCUGGCUUCCAGUCCCUGAAAACACUCAUCCCACACAGUGACGGAGAAAAACUCAGCAAGGCUGCCAUCUUACAGCAGACGGCCGAAUACAUCUUUUCUCUGGAGCAGGAGAAGACGCGACUGCUGCAACAAAACACCCAACUCAAACGCUACAUACAGAAGGAGUUCAGCGGCUCGUCCCCGAAGAGGAGGCGUGCGGAGGAGAAGGACGAAGGCAUCGGCUCUCCAGAUAUCCUGGAGGAGGAGAAGGUGGAGGAUCUGCGGAGAGAGAUGAUCGAGCUCCGACAGCAGCUGGAUAAAGAGCGCUCCGUUCGCAUGAUGCUGGAAGAGCAGAUCCGCUCACUGGAUGCUCACUUGUACCCUGAAAAGCUAAAGGUGAUUGCACAGCAGGUCCAGGAACAGCAUGUGCAGACACAAACCCUGCUCCGUCUUCAGCAGCAGCAGCAACAGGAACAGCUGGGAAAAGAGUCCAGCACUCCUGCACGCAGCCCGCUGGUGUUUUCUCCUGCCACGCCGCCUGCGCCCACUCAACACGCCACAGUAAUUGUUCCUGCCCCAGCGCCGCCUCCGCCACCCCAUCAUGUCACCGUGGUAACCAUGUGCCCCGCCUCCGUGAUCAACACAGCAUCCACAUCACGACAGAACUUGGACACCAUUGUGCAGGCUAUUCAGCACAUCGAAGGCACGCAGGACAGGCUGGCGGUGCCCGAGGAGGAAAAGCGUCGUGCGGUCAUCGUCACCCCGGGACGAGUCCUGACAGACACCGGCGACUCCGAUACCGCCUCCGACAACGAAGGAUCUGAGGACUGUUAACUGCCCGGCUCGCCUCCGCCCUCUUAUCCGCCCUCCAUGUGUGUACCAGGGGGUGCGCAGCAGGGCGGCGGGGUCCGUAGGGAAGGGUCUCCUGCAGAAAUACUCUCUCUCUCUCUUUCUCUCUCCUCCUGUCUUCUUCACACUCGCAUACGGGACUCACAGACUCAAUGACUUGAAGGUUUCUUGGGGGGAUAAAAAAAAUGUUUAAAAAAGAAAACAUUGAGGGGAUUAAAUAAAAGGAAAUGUUACAGGAAAUGUGCCGCAGACAGAACGAGCACGCUUAUGUAUACUCACACCGUACUCCAUAGCACUCUGGUCACUUGUUAAUACAUUCAUAUUACACAGCUCUCAUUCAUACUCAUCUGUUAAAAUUGUGUUCAGUUUCGCCAACACACGCUCCUAGGUAGGCGAUUUUUGUGAGGGGAAUCACGAAAAAUCGCUGUCUGAAUCUGCUAUGGGCCUUUAAGGCCUUUCACUUCCUGUUUUCACUUCCUGCCCAUAAGAGGGCAUUAGAGUGUUCUGAUUGGAGGAUUCCCAUUCCUGUUCCUUGCGCUACAAGACGUCUCAUCUCUCUCAAAAACAACCCCUUUGCCCCGGGCUCUCUCACUCUCUCUCCGCUUCCCCGCCCCGUCAUAUUUCUCUUUCUGUUCUGGGGAGGCUUGAAGCAUCACUGUGAGCCAAUGAGACUUCAGAAACCUGUUCCACACCACGGCUUCCGGAUACUUUAGAGGAAAUGUUACCUUUUUGUUUUUCACUUUUUUUCGUUUGCAGACAUGCUCCCAUUUGCCGACAGGCGCCGAUAGCUGGAUAAAGACCGCCGUUGCUUAAUGGGGCUUUGUGUCAUGCACACUUUGUAAAUAACGCAAAGAGAGACGAGGGGGAACUUAGUGCACUUAUUGUCGCUCGCCUUUACUGGGCUGGGUUCCCAGUACGCACACUUGUGCAAGGUGAAGCACUCCCUCCGUCACCAUAAACGCCCCCCCAGUCCUGUCCUAAAAAAAAUUCUGGCUGAUUUUUUUUCUCAUGUUCUUUGUGUGUAAAAUGGAAUAAGCUAAAUGGCAGGUACGUCUACCUGCAAGUAAAUUUGUAUUUUUUUUUUUUUUGUUAGCACACUUGCUAAUAGAAGCGUAAAGUUCUGUUCUUUGUAAAGAAAGUGUGGAAAUAGCACUACCAGGGUUGUCAAGGCCCGAUUUAAGCCUAUGCAGCUCUUUUGGUUCUCGCCCCCUGCAGAAUGAACUUUGCGACCCUUCUCCCAAAAAUGUUGUCUUGUCCGUUUUGUCCUGUCAAGCGCACAUUUGUGGCGUUUCGUGAUGUUUACGGUUGCACCAAGGAGUGGCUGGCCUAUAAUCUCGCGCUCUAUGCACUCGCUGGUCCACUCCGCUCAUUUUGAAUGUUUUGUUUUGUCUGUAAUUUUCGACGUACGACUUGUACAUUCGUACACCCUGCAGAUAAUCACACGGAUGGCGAUGUGGUGCUACUCCUGCUUGGGCUUGCCGGAAAAAAGCUAGAGAUGUCCAGUCCUAUAGGUGCACAGUCCUGCAGAGCUUAACUCCAACUAUAAACACCCGAGCAAAGGUAAUCAAUUGAUGCUAAAUAAUGCAGGAGUUGCUCCUUUGGGAUUUUUAAAGCAAUCGUUCACCCCAAAACUGAAAAUUGUGGUGUUUAUUCACUAGUUUCUUUCUUCCGUUGAGCACAAAAGAUAUUCUGAAGACUUCCUGAAACUGGUAGCUACUGACGAACAAAUUUGUUUCUCCUACCAUGAAUGUUAACGCUUACAAGUUUUCAGCUUUUUCUUCAGGAUAUCUGUUAUUGUGCUUGAUGGAGAGUAAAUAGCUGUGUCGUCACGAUACUGCAAUUUUAAAAUAAAAAUUUUAAAGCAACAAUAAUUGUUUGAAAGCCGCGUAGAUCAGUCGAUCCAUCAGCAGAUCACUUGUAUGUCAGCUCAUAGACGUACCAGGCUUUAAAACAAUCCAUUUCCAGCUAACAUUUGUGUGCAUUCUUAAACAGCUAAAGUGCAAACGCACCGCUAAUUGUUUGAAAGCAGCGUAGAUCAGUCGAUCCAUCAGCAGAUCGCUCAUAUGUCAGCUCAUCGACUGACUAGCUAAUCUUCAUACCUUCUCUGUUUCUGUGUGUGCACUCUGUGAACAGCGGUGAACGUCACAGCCAAUUACAGUCCUUUCUGUUGAGCAUGUGAACACAAUGGCCAAUCAUUUGUGUUUAGUAAUGCAGUUAAAUGUUAGCUGAAAAUUGACAUUUCUUUAAAAUUUCAGUACUGCUUGGUAUCGAAAUGCCAGUAUUGUGAGUCGUGACGUUUUGGGUGAACAAUGCCUUUAAGACAAAAAUCUCAAACCCAAUUCCUUGAGAGCCAAGCUCCGCACAGUUUUGCUCCAACCCUAAUUAAACACUUGUUAAAUCUAGUAGUCUCGAACACCUUGAUUAAUUGGAUCAGCUGUGUUUGAUUAGGGUUGGAGGAAAAACUGCAGAGCUGCGGCCCUCCAGCAAUUGAGAUCGAGACUGUGCUCUGUUUCUCAACCACAUUCCUGGAGGACCACCGGCUCUGCACAUUUUCCAUGUCUCCUUAACCAAACACCCCUGAUUCAGAUCAGCAGCUCAUUAGCAGAGACUAAAAGACCUGUAAUGGGUGUGACUGACAAAGGUGACAUCCGAAACCUGCAGUGCUGGCGGUGCUCCAUCAACGAGGUUGAGAAACACUGCUCUAAGACACCUCUUGGAUAAGCCAUGCGAAACUGUGAGCUCCUCAUACCCCUGGUGGGAUUGAGAGACGGAGCGUGUAUAUAUCCCGUGCCAGUGGCUUGCCUUAACACAGCUUCGAUGUGCGCAGUGAGGCACAGAGGCCUGCCUUAAACUAGCCCUGAAGGUGGCGCUAGAGAGCGAGGCCGGACGGCAGCGGUAAGGCAUGGUGCAUCACAGUCAUCGUCAUCUCCAGUCGCAUCUCCAAACAUUCCAGAAAAGUCUGUUGUUGUUGUUUUGUGUUGCCGGUCAUGCAGCCGGCACGAUUUGGCCAUAGUCGAAAGUGUCUUGUUUUUAUUCGCAUUAGGCUGAAAUCUUCGAGAGCGUGCAUGUCCCUAAUCAAUUUCCAAAUUAUUACAGGGAAUCUUUUUGCUGCUGGACAGAUUGUGUGUUGUUGUUUUUUCCCUUCUGGAUUUAUCAGGUGCUGUCAGCACGCUGGCUCUGUGGAUUUUGUCAUUUGUAUUUGGCUUUCAGAAGAACGUUCAAGUCUAAUAUUGGUCGUUUUUUCCGUUUUGUUUGUUCAUUGCGCUUUUCUAUUCGGAUAAUGGUUUGCUUGGGUCAUAGAAACGAGUGUCUCGUUUGUUUUCCAUGUUCGGUCUGUAAAAACGGUUUGCGAGAAAAAAGGUUUUUUGGUCCUCCCGUUUGAACAUUUCCUCUACAGAAGCCACAGGGUGUGUAUUUUUUUUGUGUAUUUUCUACUCCCAGAAGAAAUCACUGUAAGAAAUCCUGAGGACAUAUCAGAGGUUGGGUUGUGUGUCGAGGGGGAAUGGCGGACGAUUUUAUGAACCUGAAGCACUUACUGUAGUACAACGAGGAGCCACUCUUGUUUUCGUAGAGAUGCUCUCCUCGACCGAAGCUCUUCUCGCUGUGAUUUUUGAACCACACGGCUGUGUUUAACCCUCAGCGUUUUGUCCUGGCGCACACACACACAAACACACACACACACACACACCACACGUCCUCUGGCCGUCUCUGCAGUCUCCAGACUUUGUCCUGUCUCUCAUCUUCUCCCUCUCUUAUCGUCUGUCAUCUCUUGAUUUUUGUUUCGUUUCUGUUUUUGUCUUUUUUUUUUCUUUAUGUGGGACAGUCAGUCCAAUUGGUUGUUGAGAAACUAUUGUAUUUUUUUUUAACUGGGGAAAAGAGGCUUGUGCCUUUGUAAAAACAGAAUAAUAAAGUUUGUACUUUGUUUUUUACAACUU